UACAAAGCAAACAUUUCGAGAGACAGAAAUAGUGCUGAUAUUAAGUUCAGAGAUAAGGACGCAAAUGCAAAGUCGCAGGGGGACAUCUCACCUGUUGAAGAAGGGAAAUCCCGAAUGACGUCAUCCUGAUCAUGUGACUGAGCAAAGAGUCGAAAAUGGCCGCCAAACAUGAAAGGACGGGGUCGGAUUAGUCGUCCCAAAAUUCUGAAUGUUUUUCUGUUGUAGUUAGAACAUAUGAACAAUUGAGGCUACGGGAAUAUGGGGAAACAGGCAAGCAAACAGCUUGGAUCCAAUGAAGUGAAGGAUCUGAUGUCGUGCACAUAUUUUGACAAAAAGGAAAUUAGGCAGUGGUACAGAGAUUUCAUGAAGGAUUGUCCCAGUGGUGUGUUGAGGAAAGAGGAAUUCCAGACUAUAUAUCAACAGUUCUUUCCUCAUGGGGACCCCAGCAAAUUUGCCAAUUUUGUCUUCAAUGUGUUUGAUGCAAAUAAGGAUGGUCACAUCAAUUUUAAAGAAUUUAUCUGUGCCUUGUCAGUGACUUCUAGAGGUACUCUGGAUGAGAAACUGGACUGGGCAUUCAACCUGUACGACGUGGACCAGGACGGUUACAUCACCAAGGCAGAGAUGGUGAACAUCGUAGAUGCUAUCUACAGUAUGGUGGGGAACAUGUUGGACCUGCCGAAAGAUGAAGAUACACCUGAAAAAAGGGUGGAGAAAAUAUUUGCACAAAUGGAUAAGAAUCAUGACGGGAAAUUAUCAAAAGAUGAAUUCCGUGAGGGUUCUAAGUGUGACCCGUGGAUAGUCCAGGCAUUGUCCAUGGAGAUGCCGGCCGGAAGAUGACCUCUCCUCUCCUAGCUUCCAGAUUGUAUCAUUUCAGGCGGACUUGGAACUAGGUUAACUUAAUCUGGAAGGAUACUAAUGGAGAUCAUCCAAGAUAGCCCAAAUCUCGUGACUUAGCAAAAAGUGGGACAAGAUUUUGUGGGAUUUGGAAUAGAGAGGGUGUCUGAAAUAAUGAGAGGCGAGCAAGUGCAGUGCGGCAAUAAAUACAAGCUGACAUAAUUCAUCCAUGGAUAUUUUUUGUUUGUUUUCUCCAAGGUUCUGUUGAGUUAGUCUUUGGCACAACAUCGUUUUUUUUCUUUUUUUUUUCCAUGUUUUGUAUUGUUUUCCAAGACAGCAUGCCCAGCACGUAGAAGUUUUCCCUUACUGCUCAUAGCUAACCAUCCACUCUUCAUGUGAUGUCUCACAUGUUUUCUAGUUUCCUAUGACAUCACACAGAGCCGACAGCCUCAUUUUAGGCCAUCUCGAAUGAUUUCCCUUAAGGUCUUUGGUUGCCCAGAUUAUAAGCUGGGGUAUCUCCUUGACAACUGCACCAACCAUGGUGCAUUAGUUGCCAGAUAGGGGGUAUAUAUCCUUACUGACAAUCCAGGGCUCUGUAACUCGAAAGCAUUGGGAAUUGAGAACGAGCGCAAGCGUCUCUAUUCCAUAACUCGGGAUUUACUCACCCCAUAUAGGCCUUAAUAGCCUCAAAAUAAAAGACAAUUCGCAAUACGCGAUGGUUUCGAGUUAUGGAGCCCAGGUGUCUGUAUUUAGUCAUUUUAUACUUAGUGUCCCUUACUAGUACUAAAUUUAUUCACAAUUUUUCUUCUCACUUUGACCAAAAAUUAUCUUUAUUGAAGGUGUUAUUCAAUGUUAUUAACAUGAUAAAUGUGGAUUUAUAUCAUUUUGGUUAGUGUAACUAUGAUAUUUCCAGUCAUCUGCAGUCCACACAGGUGUCCCUGGACAGAUUUGAGCAUUGUGAAAUAUUUCUUGUCAUCUUAUUUGUU